GGAAGUCCCACCUGGCCAUUGUGCAGAGGGUGAACAAUGAAGGUGAGGGUGACCCCUUCUACGAGGUGCUGGGCCUGGUCACCCUGGAGGACGUCAUUGAGGAGAUCAUCAGGUCGGAGAUCCUGGAUGAAUCUGAAGACUACCCAGACACCAAGGUGAGAAAGAAGACUGUUGCCCUGAGCACCCCUCUCAAGCGGAAGGAGGAAUUCUCCUUAUUCAAGGUGUCUGAUGAUGAAUAUAAAGUAAAAAUCUCGCCUCAGCUGCUCCUGGCCACCCAGCGCUUCCUUUCCCGAGAGGUGGAUGUGUUCAGCCCGUUGCGAAUCUCCGAGAAAGUCUUGCUGCACCUGCUGAAACAUCCCAGUGUCAACCAGGAGGUGAAGUUUGAUGAGAACAACCGCCUGGCCGCACACCAUUACUUGUACCAGCGCAGCCAGCCAGUAGACUACUUCAUUCUCAUCCUGCAGGGCAGGGUCGAGGUGGAAAUUGGGAAGGAGGGCCUGAAGUUUGAGAACGGGGCCUUCACAUACUACGGAGUGUCUGCCCUGACAGCUCCAUCUUCAGCUCACCAGUCCCCAGUGUCUUCACGCCAGCUCAUCCGCCAUGACCUGCAUCCUGAACCAGCUGAUAGUACCCGCUCCUCCACGUACUGUCCUGACUACACCGUGCGGGCCCUUUCUGACCUGCAGCUCAUUAAGGUCACACGGCUGCAGUACCUUAACGCACUCCUGGCUACCCGAGCCCAAAGCUUGCCUCCAUCCCCAGAGAAUGCUGGGCUCCAGGCCAUACCAGGCAGCCAAACCAGGCUGCUUGGUGACAAGUCCGCCGAGACAGCAGGGUCCAGCAGCAACAGACCUGGCAUCCCAGUGGAGGAGAGCCCUGGGCGGAACCCAGGAGUGUAACUGCUUGCCACGCAGCCCCAAGCUGAAAAUGGACAAGCGUGUGGGGAUCUGGGGAGAGCCAAACAGGAACUUUAUGCCAGUCUGUCCCCACCUAUCCUGGCCACGUUUUAGAUGGCCCUUAUACGCAGUAGGUCCCGGUCCUCCUCAGUGCCAGAGCCUCCGGCCGGCUCUGCCUUCCCUUAGGAGAUGGGGUUGGCAGGGCAACCCUCCAGAAGCCUGUUUCUGGGGGAACGAAAGAAACAGCAUCAUCUCUAGCCCGAAGGGCCCAGCUCCUCCCUGGAGGCUAUAACAGCACAGUGUUCAUACCUCCCUGAGCCAGGUGCCAUGUGGGGGCACAAUCACGACCUUUACAUGGCCUUGGCCUGUGCUCACUCUGCUUUUGAUUGGCCAACCCUCUGUUGCUGGCAUCACUUCCUAAGCAAACCAAGAGAGCUGAUUUUUGAUGGAGAUGUUCAAAUCUAUGGCGCCCUGUCAUGUACUUUCUGGCUUCCCUUACAGUUUUGAUUCAUGUACCCUGUUUUUUCCUUGUGCCAAUAGAUCUGUGUUCUGGUUCUGCUCCCUCCUGUGGAGGAAGCUCUUCUGACUCCUGAGGUCAAGGGCAGGCUGGCCUGGUGACACAGGAAGCCUGUUAAGCAUGGCCCAGGGGUCAGCUUCCAUUUCCCGUGAGUACAGUGCCACCAAUGGCAGUGUCAAUUUCUGUUUGAGGUCAGGUGUGGAAGGCUUAAAGGUCAAUGUUGACUGACCCAGGUGAGGAUGACGCCUGUUGUACCUGCCUUGUACUUUUGUCGUAAGCCUGAAGGGCAUGUGCAGCUGUGAGAGCAGCAGUCAGUGAGCAUUGGUUAUGAGCCUGGAACCUCCUUGUCACCUGAGAAGUGAAGGUUUUCUUGCAUCUCUGAAAUAUUUCAGAGUCCAUGUGCUUUUCUGUUCUAGUGAUACAGGGAUGGGAAGGCAUUGCCUUUUUCUUCCAGUUUACCUACAUUUUCCUUCCCCAAUUUCAGCUCUGGGACCAUACAUUGUGGUGGGGAGGGUUGCUGAAAUUUCCCUCAAAAGAAUGUGGGUCCUGGUGAGUCCUGCAGGCCAAGAGAACAGUGGUAUGCUUGCCGAGAAAAUUCUAAAGGAAUAUGCUCUAAGAACAAACCAAGUUUGGAAGCAAAUACUUCAAAAAUCAUCGGUCUCCAGAACAAGAUUCCGAAUUUUGGCUGCACCUCAGAAUCACCUGGCAAAUUAGAACAUUGGAUACCUGGCCUCACCUUGAACAUCAGGGUUUUGUGGUCUUGAAAUAGUUUCAAAUUCAUGGAAGAGCCCCAUGUGCCCUUCCUCAGCUUCCCCUGAUGUUAACAUAAUAACUUUGUCACGUUUAUCAAAACUAAAACGGUAGCUGAGUACAGCACUCUUACCUGGGGUUUUAAAUGUUACUCUCUCUCCCUACCCCCUGGUAAUAUCCUUUUCUGUUGCAGGGUACCAAGGUAGGGUGCCAGAGUGUACUUGGAGCUGUUGCUUCCUUUUUUACCUAACUAUUGUUCACAGUGAUUGCCGAGUCAUAGGAAACUGCAAAGAUCCAGAGUCCAUGCAUCCUUGAUCUGGUUUUCCUCAGCAGUUCUGUCUCAUCAACUACAAUGUGCAGAGCUGCGGAGCUCUGCGUGCCUGGCACCUGUAUAGACCUGAGUAGCUUUACCAAAGGCUAACCCACGUCCCAUCAUUGCUGGGUUCCCCCUGGAUUACUAGUCAGAGUCACCUGUGCUGUCCUAAGCCCUAGCACCCACUGCGCUGUUCCUGAUCUCUGUUAUUCUGUCAUUUUGAGAAUGUUGUUUGAGGGGCCGUGCAGUACGUGGCCUUCUGGGACUGAUUCCUCACUCUGCAUAGUUCUCUGGAGACGGAUCCAGGUGGUUGUGUCAGUGGUUUGCUCCUCUUCCUCGCUAAGUGGUAUUGUAUCCCAUGGUGUACUCAUUGUCCUGUCAUAGGACAUAUGAGUUGUUUCCACUUUUUGGCCUUUUCCAAAUAAAGCUGCUAUGAACAUUCA